CUACUCUUUACACACUUUUGGUCCCUCCUUUUACUGCCCCCUUUUACUUUUUUCGUUCCACCGACGAAAAACCUUCCUACUCCGCCAGCUGUUUUUCACUUGUUUAUCGAGCUCGACUGACGGUGUUGUCGGUGUACGGUGGUGGAUCUAAGGGCGGUCGCCGACCGGAAAAUAAACAAAAAAGAAAAAAGAAAAGAAAAGAACCGAUGUCGUCCGGAAGGUACAUGUCUUACUCACCAUCUCCAUCCGCGCCUCACUCUCCCCACAUCGGCGCCCCCUCGGCCGCCGGGGGAGGUAUCCGAGCCGCUUCUGCUCUGGUGGAGCAAGAAAAGUUGCUAAAUCAGGAAAUAUUGCGUGUAACUACACUGUUGGGGAAUGCAUCAGUUUUAGAACAAAGUGGGCUUGAACAUGCGAGCCCCCUGGCUUCAGGAGGAAUAUAUUCAAAUGGAGGAGCUAACAUGAACAGAUGGGCAUCACCGUUUCAAUCAGAAAUGUCAGGUCUGAUGCGAACCUCCUCUGCGCCAAACUGGCUUGCUUCCCAAGGUAGUUCGUCAGGUCUCAUAGUCAAGAGAACAAUCAGGGUCGACAUUCCCGUUGAUCAAUAUCCGAACUUCAAUUUUGUUGGUCGACUCCUUGGUCCAAGAGGAAAUUCACUGAAGCGUGUGGAAGCAACUACAGACUGCCGUGUUCUAAUCAGAGGACGAGGCAGUAUAAAGGAUCCAGUUAGGGAGGAAAUGAUGAGAGGAAAACCAGGAUAUGAGCACCUUAACGAGCCCCUUCAUAUACUUGUCGAGGCCGAACUGCCAGUCGAGAUAAUCGAUGCUCGUCUCAUGCAGGCGCGUGAGAUACUCGAAGAUUUACUUAAGCCAGUGGAUGAAUCGCAAGAUUUUUACAAAAAACAGCAGCUGCGUGAACUGGCUAUGCUCAACGGCACACUCAGGGAUGAAAGCAGCUCCCAAAUGUCGGCUGGUUCUGUUUCCCCCUUCCACAACAGCCUUGGGAUGAAAAGAGCGAAAACCCAGGGGUAAAACAGUAAUUUCCAGAGCUUAUGUGUUUUCCCUGCCUAAUAAAGGCAGUUCAGAUAGUAUGUGUAUUGCUGUGCCAGCUGAUGUCUCUUGCCGACACUUACUGGUCCUAAUCCGUCUCUAUGGAAAAUGAAGUGUGCAGCUCAUAAUGUACUUGGAAAUGAGUUAGUAGAAGUGUACCAUAGUAAUGUAUUCGUGAGGGGUUCGGUUUCUGUGUGCUGCCUGGGGCAGCUUGGUUGGAAGGUGUAAUGUUCUGUGCCGUCGACGUAUUAUUUCAUUUAUUGUGUAUGCUUGUAAUGGGAAUUCUGGGUGAGAUUUUGUGAGUGGAUUAACUAAGAUGUUACUUGAAACGAUUCUUUAUAGCUCGUUGUGUUUGUAUCUAGGUGGUUUUAUGUGAAAUUAUGAUUCAAAUUUUGUUUUGUUUUUAA